CCCUUGGGAUUGCAUGAGGGUGAGUAAAUGAUGACAGCAUUUUUAUUUUUGGGUGAACUGUUCCUUUAAUAAAAGGGAGACAGACAAUAACACGCCUUCGCAUUCGUUGCAUGGCAACGUAUUUGCUUGCGACCGUUCAAGAUAGAGCUGCGCAGAACGCAUCUGCGUCAGUGUAACUAUGUGCUAUAAAGACGCUUUUUUUCGCAGACGUCCCAGGAAAAAUGUUUCAGUUUGUGCCGAAUGUUGGUAAAUGAGAGCGCCAAAACCUCUUCUUUUUCCAGGAAAUAUAGGCAAUAUUGUCUAAAAUGUCUCCGUCAAGGCUGUACACUCCAUCUGUGGCACCUCCUCUGCCCUUAUGUAAUUUCAACAUCUCAAGCAACUUCUGCACAGAAGAGAAUAUCUCUGAGUGCAUUCUGUACAUCAAUCAGGAGCUGUCGUCCCUGGGCUUUCCAUCGAUCUUCUGUAACUCAGAUGGCACCCAUGAUCUGGAUGCUGUUGUUACACUAAACAACAUAUAUGACCUGCUGCAGCUGCACCGUCGAGCUAUUGGAAUGAUGGAGGAGCUGGAGGUAGAACAGCUCAAGUCCAGCAGUGACCUUCACUUCCAGCAUCUCACAAACUCUAGGCUGAAGGACCAGCUUGAACUUUCAAAAAAGGAAAAUAUGCGCUUGCACGAGAAAGAGCGUCAGCUCAAAACAAAUAUAAAAACUUUGCAAAACAGCCUUAAAGAUGCCAAAGAAGAGGUACAAAGGCUGCAGGGUAUCAUUGCGAGCCGUGCCACACAAUACAACCACGAUAUUAAGAGAAGAGAAAGGGAGCACAACAGAGUGAAGGAACGCCUCAGUCAGCUACUCAUUGCCAAAAAGGAUAAGAAACAAGGAAUGGAAGUUUUGAAUUAUGUUGGAAGGCCAGAUGGGAGGAGAUGUCUUUGGAAAACUGGAAAAACUGAAGCCAGACAUGAAGGAGAAAUGUACAGAACUCUUCUGAAUGAAUUUGAUAAUCGACAGAGGGAGCUGAUGUUGGAAAACAUUGAGCUGAAGAAAGUUCUUCAGCAGAUGAAACGAGAGAUGGUGGGAGUUUUAAAUUCAAAGAGGAAUUGCCAAAAGGAAGAGAAACAGAGCAAUAAAGUAGAUCAGACAAACUCAGAUGAUGAGGAGAACUCUUUGAAAGGACCUUCUGGGAUGUCCUGUGAUUAUGCUCGGGAGAAACUCACCAACAGCAUUCGUCAGCAGUGGAGGAAACUGAAACACCAUGUUGAGAAACUGGACAGCCAAGCAUCCUUGGUGCAAGCUGGAGACAGUGAGAAGGUGAUCUCCAAACAUCUCCACGAGGAGGAGAUAGAGAGGCUAAAAUUAGAACUUCAGCAGUGCAAAGAAUUCAUUCAGACUCAGCAGCAGCUUCUGCAACAACAGCUCAACACACCCUGUGAUGAGGAGACUGCAGCUGUCCUCAAUGAUUGCUACAUGCUGGAAGAGAAGGAACGCUUAAAAGAGGAGUGGAGAGUUUUUGAAGAACAGAGGAAAAACUUUGAAAUGGAAAGAAGAAAUUUCACAGAGGCUGCCAUCAGAUUGGGCCAUGAGAGAAAAUCUUUUGAGGAUGAUCGUGCAGUAUGGCUCAAACAUCAAUUUCUAAACACAACAUUUGCAGACCAGAUGAAACCACAAAGUCAGAUAUCUUAUGAAUUAUUCAAGUACUCUACUCAUGAAGAGAAACACAUGCCAAUGUCUGCUAAAGUGAGCAAAUCUCAUCUUUAGUCUUUCCAAUCCAUGGAACCCCUUGCAGAUGAUCCUGGAUUUUUAUCCGGCACCAGAUGAGAGAUUCCUUGAGCCAGUGUGAAUGAGAAGCUUCCAAGUCCAUCAUUAUCUUUAUAAAGAACAUUCAAAAUACGGACCUGAAUAUUAAACCAAUGAUAAUAUAAUAGAUAAUAUGUUGUAUUCACGUUCAGCAGUAUUGUACAUUUUAUUUUGUUUUUUAUUUAUUUAUUUGUUACUAAAUAUGAAAUACAGUCUCAUCCAACAACAUCUGUAAGUAAUAAUGCAUUUGACUACAUCAAAUACUAUAUGGUUUAAGCAUGGGUCCAUUUUAUUUUUUAUUGUGCAUUCGCCUUUGAGCUUAAAUUUUACGUAUUUUAUCUUUUAUAAUUUAAGCAGUUAAUUAACAUACCACCAUAAUUCUUUACAUAAUCUCCAAAACCUUGAUUUCUUUGUUGCAUGUGGAUAAGCUUAAUAUCGUACAACUAAUUUAAAAAUAAACUUAUUUUAUAUUUAAAACAUACUCAAUAAGGAAUAAGCUUCAAAUAUAUAAAAUGCCAAACUUAACUGGAACUUGUAUUAGGAUGCUUU